GCUGACAUAGAGGGGCACAGAAGCACCGGCUGACAGAGAGACAGGCUGACAUAGAGGGGCACAGAAGCACCGGCUGAGAGAGAGACAGGCUGACAUAGAGGGGCACAGAAGCACCGGCUGACAGAGAGACAGGCUGACAUAGAGGGGCACAGAAGCACCGGCUGACAGAGAGACAGGCUGACAUAGAGGGGCACAUAAACGCAGACUAAUAGAAGGAGCACAUGCAUAGGGACAGUAAUGAAAAAGGCAAUAACCACAGCAGGGAAAUAGCAAGAAGCAAAGGGGUAAUAAGGGACUGCGAGGAAACAGAAACAGGUAUAGAGGCAGUGACACCGAACCAGGAAGAAAGACAUCGAAGAUAAAAACUACAGUAGGUGAACUGAACAUCAAGAAGUCAUAAAAAGACAAUAAGGAGGUGAUCAGCUAGCCGGGUGUUGGGGGAGAAAUGGAUGCACCCAUGGAAAGCUCUCCAGAGGCCGCAGCAGCUCAGGACGCCAGUUUGCCUGCUCACCCUAUGUACAGCCAAGAGCCGAGAGCAGCAUUCACUCCCCAAUAUAUCAACACAAAAGCAGAGCGCCCCAAAGAGGACUUCUUCAUCUUCAGGCCCAGUCUAUUGGAGCAGGCUAUACAGGAUCUGAAGAACCAGCUCUCCAAGGAUGAAGAUGGGGACAUGCGGACCGUCUGGAUUCUGACAACGGUCAGCCAUUGGGGCACAGAGAAUGAGGCACUGGUGCUGCUGUGUGAUCGUUCGCUCCUGAUCUGUUACUACGACUUUGUGGGGCUCUGCAGCUCCCAAAUUUUCCGUAUCCCACUCCAUUACAUUGAUACAGUGACAUGGGGGCCGCUGUCCUAUCCCAAGACUGCCCUGCACAAAAGGGAGGGUCCUGUUCUCCAGGUGCAGUGGGACAAGCUCCGCCCCCCGCCUUCCUUUGUCUCAAGAUGGAAUCCCUGGGCAGACCUUCCUUAUGUCAUUCUCGCCCAGCACCCAGGAUCCACAAACCAGGCAGAACUGCAUGGGAUGUGCCAGUUGGAGCAAUUCAGGGAACACCUAGUGGAACUGGUGAGAUUGUCUCACGAACGCAACCCUCUCCCGGGCCGAGCCAACGGCCUCCUGGUCCUCCAUAGACCUGUGAACAUGGAGACAUCUCUGGGGAUUGUCUCAUUGCUGAACACAAGUAUCCAACUGGGGUAUGCCAAAUGCAGAUCUGGCUUUGGAUUCUGAGCUGUUUGCAUACUCCAGACCCUAAGGCGCAUCAACUGAUAUGACUGCAACUUAGAUUUUGGCUUGGUGGCCAUUUGACUUUUAUGGGCUUUAAAGGCUAUGAAGAAGCACAAACAGUGGAUGUAGGGCAACUAGCAGAGAGCAGUAUAUAAUGGCAAAGGCCUCAUUCCACCUUGAGGCCUAUUGAUCUGCUUAUCGAGUUGGAUUCCUCACCUGUUUAGAUCUAGAUAGAUCUCUGUGCUGACGUUCAAUUAGGUUCAAGGCUACUGCAACUUAUCAUUGGCCAAGCUUAUUAGAGUUGUCCUUGCCAGAGACUAUGCCCAGCGCAGACUGCUGUAUGAAACUAAUUAUGUAGAGUCAUAGAAGGUUCCAUGUUACCUAAAUAUUGUUAUUUUUAUGUUGGUGUAUUUAUCCAUACCUGUUAGAAAUGCAUUUAAAAAUCUGAGCUGUCAAUCAAAUAUUGCCUGCCCUGUUUCUAUGCCUCAGUAAUAGAGGUGGGGCAGUCAGUUACUUUCACCCUAUCACGAUGCAUACAUACGAUUGUGGGGUAAUACAAAGCUUGCAUUAAUAACAGUGUCCACAAAAUGGCACCUGCCCGCUUGCUGUGAUUGUGAUUUGUCCAAGACAAAUAGAAGCACAAAUUAACUAAUUUAUAUAGUCUAAUUAAAGUUUAAUUUUGCUCCACUAA